AUGCAUCUGAAGAAGGUGAGCUCAUCGCUGAAACGUAAGCUGGCGAAACAAAGUGAGAAAGCCCGUCGAAAAAGGCCUCCGCCAAAGAUACGCAAAGCAUCGGGAAGCAGCGAGAAAAUUGACGAUGAAACUUUGCCGAAAAAGUAUCAAGAGUUGUCGAGCAGCGAUGAAUCUUCAUGGUCUGACUGCGAUCCGUCGUCAUCGUCAUCUCAGAAUCCGCGUUCCUCGACUCCAUUCGCAUUUCGUUCCGAUCGAUACACAUCGGAUGUUAGCGAAUCAGAUUCCGAUCCCGAUCCAGAAUUCGAAGCUCACAAACAGCUCCUAAGACGGCAACGGUGGGAAGAAUUGCGACCGAAAUUUGAGAUGCAGCAGAAAUGGGAUGAUGAUCGCGAGCGUAAUUUUGUUUUUUCGCUGCUUUAA